UGCAAUUACUUGUGUGCUUUAACUCCAUCAGUAUCCGUUUUCUUGGUUCGUGAUCGCAUCACUCGUCAGCGUUAUGGAAUGAAGAAGAUGCCAAAGCAACACUUGCGACUGAGGAAUCAGGUUGAGCAAGUGUUCGCAGAAAGAGACAUCCUCUCAUUUGCCGAUAAUCCCUUCGUUGUGAGUCUGUAUUGCACUUUUGAGACGAAGAAGUGCCUCUGCUUGGUGAUGGAAUUUGUUGAGGGUGGCGAUGUAGCUACUCUUUUAAAGAACAUCGGUGGACCACUUCCUGACGACUUAGCACAAAUGUACUUCGCAGAGCUGGUUCUGGCACUGGAGUACCUGCACAGCUAUGGCAUUGUCCAUCGUGAUUUGAAACCUGAUAAUUUACUUAUCACGCACGAGGGUCAUAUAAAAUUAACAGAUUUUGGACUCUCGCGCAUCGGUCUCAUGAACAUGGCCACAAGUUUCUACGAGCGAAGUCUUGACCUUGAAAAGGAUUGCAAAAUGUUUCGUGACAAACAAGUCUUCGGCACACCGGAAUAUAUUGCACCUGAGGUCAUUCUUAGGCAGGGCUACGGUAAACCGGUGGAUUGGUGGGCUUCGGGUAUUAUCCUCUACGAAUUCCUUGUCGGUGUUGUUCCCUUUUAUGGUGACACCAUUGAGGCACUUUUCACACAGAUCGUCUCUGCCCCAAUUGAGUGGCCUUCUGAGGAAGAUGAAGGUCGUGUUUCUCCGGAGGCUAUGUCUAUAAUCACCCAACUCCUCGAACGUGACCCUCUCCUUCGUCUUGGCUCUGAGACUGGUGCCACAGAAGUUAAGGCCGCUCCCUUUUUUGAGAAUCUUGACUGGCGUAAUCUUCUCUGCCAAAAGGCCGCCUUUGUGCCCCAAUUGGAGCAUGAUGAGGACUGUUCCUACUUUGACCCCCGCACUGAUCGAUAUCAACAUGAGGUAGAAAAUGAUGAGGACUUGGAUCGCGAUCUUCUUUACCCCCCUGCAACCCCCUUUUCCUCUUCUUUCUCGUCUGCGCGAUCCGUAGCCUCGGAUUCAACAAUGGAGCUUCCACAGUUACAACACGAGCUUGUUGAUAAGGAUACGCUUAUGCACAAAGAUUCAACACCGACGCAAGAAGACUUCGGCGUGGAAGAUGGGUUACCCAUUCUGAGCCGCCAGAAGACUGCUAGUCCACACCGUUCUCUGCAACCUGGAACCAUUGUCUCCCAGACGACUACAAAGACAACUUCUGCGAGUUCUGUCGAUUCUCGACGUGGGACUGGUGGUACGGAUAAUUCUGCAGCUACGCGCACAGUCGUAAUCUCACGAGGACCACGAGGCUACGGGUUCACACUCCGCGCCAAAGAUGUUUUCUAUGGUUCUUCAGACGUGUAUACUCUGCACCACGUAAUAGUCGGAGUCGAUAGAAAGGGCCCAGCUUUCGCGGCUGGCUUGUGUGAGAACGACCUUAUACUGCGGGUGAAUGGUCGUGAAGUGGUUGGUUGCUUCCAUACAGAGGUUGUUCAACUCAUCUGUUCGUCGCCUAAUCCUCUUCGAUUGCUUGUAACGCCGUUCGCCAAGAGUAAUAUCCGGUCAGAUGGGCACUGGCGUGCUCGUGGACGUUUGGUCUCCAGGUCUGGUCGGCGAGUCAAGGGUACACAUCACCUUCAAUACUUUUGUGGAAAAGCGUCGAAACCAAGUUCUGGAGAUGAGAGUAAUUUUGAAGCUGCUGGCGGAGGGAGACGUAUUCUGAAACGGAUUUGUGGGUCGACUUCUAUUCAACUGCGUCUCCCCACAGGAAAUUCGGCCGAUCACGUGGCACAGAAUUCACCCUCAGUGAUUGAACGCAGGCACCGCCACAGACAACUUCCAAACUCAACAACAUUAGCGGCAAACAGAAAAUCGAUUGGAAUUGCAGAUGAAUCACCAAAACAACAUAGCCACAGUUUUUCUGUACUCAAUUCGACAAAACUAGCCGGCUCCAAUGCUGCCUCAAGUAGACCUCACUUACAUCCACGAAGGUAG